GCAUCCUAACAAAUGGUAAUACACGUGAAGGAUACAGAACCUCCUCGAGUAGUGAGCUGUCCCCACUCCUUCGUCGACCACCUGGAGAGAGGACAAAAGAUAAAAAGGAUAACUUGGGAGGAACCUGUAUUUAAGGAUAAUGUUGCAAUCCAACACGUGAUGGCCUCAUAUCUUCCUGGACAUUAUUUCUCCGAGGGUCGCCAUCAUGUUCUCUACCAGGCUGCAGACGGAGACGGAAACAGAGCUAGAUGUGGAUUCACGAUCACUCUUAAACAAAGAGAAAUUUCUCACUAUCAUAAAACCCCGAAACCUAGUUCCAGAAAAUUUUACAAUCCCCAGCAGCAUCUACCGCCACCUAUCGCUGUUCCCUCGCCUCGGCACCUGCAGAUACCUCAGCAAUGCCACGACGUCCCAACGGUUCCAAACGGUCGAAUGGCAUGUAUUGAUAGAAAAGACAGUAAGAAGUGUACUCCAGUCUGUGAAAGAGGUCAUGUGUUCUACCAGAAGUUCAGCUACCGUCCCCCAACAUAUCUCUGUUCAUCCAGAAGAAUAGAUUGGAAGAUAAACAGAUUCAUUCCUGACUGUUCUCCGGUAAAGAAAACUCUGACAGCUGGGAUGUGUCCUGAAGGUUGGGAAGCUAGAGAUAACACGUGUAUCGCCUGUCCUCCGGGUAUGUACCGAAACACAGCGUCCCUUUGUCAGCUCUGCUCUCAGGGAACAUUCUCAGACCAGUUCGGUGCUAAGGAUUGCCAGCAGUGCUCUCCAGGAGAAUACACAAACAGCCUUGGUUCAAGGCAUCAAAGUGAUUGUAAGCCAGGCAACUACGGGAAGAAGAAUAGAGGAAGAAUUGUACAAAGUGUACAUAGAGGAGGCAGAACAGGAUUAUUACAUUACAACAGUUGGUUAAACGAGGAACCCUACAGGUGCAGUACAGUUGGUUUAAAAAGAAACGCUACAGGUACAGUACAGUUGUUUAAAUAAGGAACCCUACAGGUGCAGUACAGUUGGUUAAACAAGGAACCCUACAGGUGCAGUACAGUUAGUUUAACAAGGAAGCCCACAGGCGCAGUACAGUUGGUCUAAUAAGGAACCCUACAGGUACAGUACAGUUGGUUUAUUAAGGAACCCUACAGGUGCAGUACAGUUGGUUUAUUAAGGAACCCUACAGGUGCAGUACAGUUGGUUUAAAAAGAAACGCUACAGGUACAGUACAGUUGGUUUAUUAAGGAACCCUACAGGUGCAGUACA